AUGCCUUCUCCUCCAGUCGCCCUCGCUUCCCCGCCCGUCGCCUUCUCUACCCCUCCCAUUGCUCGUCUUUAUCCCCUCCAUUCCCCCACCCUACGCUCUCUCUCCUCCCCCACUGCUCACUCUCUCCCCCACUGCUCACUCUCUCCCCCACUGCUCACUCUCUCCCCCACUGCUCACUCUCUCCCCCACUGCUCACUCUCUCCCCCACUGCUCACUCUCUCCCCCACUGCUCACUCUCUCCCCCACUGCUCACUCUCUCCCCCACUGCUCACUCUCUCCCCCACUGCUCACUCUCUCCCCCACUGCUCACUCUCUCCCCCGCUGCUCACUCUCUCCCCCACUGCUCACUCUCUCCCCCACUGCUCACUCUCUCCCCCACUGCUCACUCUCUCCCCCACUGCUCACUCUCUCCCCCACUGCUCACUCUCUUCCCCACUGCUCACUCUCUCCCCCACUGCUCACUCUCUCCCCCACUGCUCACUCUCUCCCCCACUGCUCACUCUCUCCCCCACUGCUCACUCUCUCCCCCACUGCUCACUCUCUCCCCCACUGCUCACUCUCUCCCCCACUGCUCACUCUCUCCCCCACUGCUCACUCUCUCCCCCACUGCUCACUCUCUCCCCCACUGCUCACUCUCUCCCCCACUGCUCACUCUCUUCCCCACUGCUCACUCUCUCCCCCACUGCUCACUCUCUCCCCCACUGCUCACUCUCUCCCCCACUGCUCACUCUCUCCCCCACUGCUCACUCUCUCCCCCACUGCUCACUCUCUCCCCCACUGCUCACUCUCUCCCCCACUGCUCACUCUCUCCCCCACUGCUCACUCUCUCCCCCACUGCUCACUCUCUCCCCUACUUCUCACUCUCUCCCCCACUGCUCACUCUCUCCCCCACUGCUCACUCUCUCCCCCACUGCUCACUCUCUCCCCACUGCUCACUCUCUCCCCCACUGCUCACUCUCUCCCCCACUGCUCACUCUCGUUCUCCCUGGACUCACUUAUCUUUCCCCCCUGUUUACUCUCUAUUCCCCUUCGUUCAACCCUUUUUCCCCACAAUUCCUCUCACCUCCCCUGUUCACACCCCUCGUUUCCCCCUGCUUACUGGCUUUCCCCUUUGCUCACCUCCUUCUCCUCCCUGCUCACCCUAUAUCCCUCUUUGCUAUCCCCAUCCUCCCCUCCCCGCAUGUCCCGCGCAUCAUGUGUCCCGCUGUCAGAAUGAGGAAUGGAUGA